AUGAAACUUGGGCGACCUUCGGUUUUGGCGAAUGUAAUGGAAAGCGAACAACAAGAGCCUAGCGGGAGAGACGCAGCGCCUAGGCAGUGGAGAAGUUGCAAGUUGAUAAUUGACCCCUCGCUGACAAACGGACUCUACAAAGUGUACCGUUAUGAUGGGCAGCACUUCAACAUCCCCGAUUUAGGAGUGUUUCCUGUGGCCGCGGUCAGAGAUCCCCGUGUCCGCCGCCUGUGGAGCAGAUGUGACAGCACUGACCUCGUAGUCCCCAGGUUUAAGAUUGAUGAAUGUUAUGUGGGCCCUAUUCCUCCCAAAGAAGUGACAUUUUGCAGGCUUAACGACAAUGUCAGGGAGGGCUUCCUGACUGACAUGUGCAAAAAAUACGGACACGUCGAAGAAGUGGAAAUCUUUUACAAUCCCAAAACCAAGAAGCACUUGGGAAUUGCCAAAGUGAUUUUUGACACGGUCAGGGCUGCAAAAGACGCUGUUCAGCACCUCCAUCGGAUUUCAGUGAUGGGGAACAUUAUUCAUGUGGAGAUUGAUCCAAAAGGUGAAAACAGGAUGCGUUAUCUCCAGCUUCUUUUAAGUGGGCUCUAUACCCCUUGGACAUUGCCAGUGGGAAGCAGUGAGCAAACUCUUCAGAGCCUUAUUGACAAUUUGCCGGACUCCUGCUACGCCAGCCUUCAGGGGACUCCAGUCUUCCAGGGGGAGCCCACCACCAAUAGUGUUCACAAACCAUCAAGACAAGAGAUCGUCUAUCGCAAACCCACAAGAUAUCAUGGGAGAUCCCGUAAAAGCUCAGACCUCACCUACAUUUUAAAGCAUUUCAAACCACAGCCACCUCUCCUUCAUGCCCAGAUACAAAAUCCAGGUAACCGCCAGCAGCCUUCCAUGUGCAGUCAGGAUUCACAAACCUCUGUUGACAGCAGUGCAGAGCCUUCCUUUCCCUUUUCCCCUCCUAAUCAGGAGUCCAGGGAGGAGGUCACUACUAUCUCUAAAGCUUUACCUUUGAACUGCAACUCACUCAGCAUCUUAAGCAUUAAUGUCACCCCUGAGAGGCAGGCGGCAGCGUCCUGCCCACCUGCCUACAAAGGAUGCACCACAGAGUCAUCACUGCCUGCAAUCUGCCUGCCAAGUGGUACCAUUCCCUUUCCUCCUCCAGCAUGGCUGCCACCUCCAGGCCAUCACACCUGCAUCCCUGUGCCUCCUCCCCCUAUUCCACCCCCACCCACUUUGUUUGGGCCCCCACCACCUUUGAUUGCUCCACCCUCUGUUGCACACCCUGUUCAUCCCUACCCCUUACACAUGGAGCGUUUUUACAAGGAGAAUCCCCCAAGGCCUUGCAGUGCACCUUUAUCAUUCUGUGGACCGCCCUGGCCCAGUUUACCUUUUCCCAUGUUCAACCCCUUGGUGCCACCUCCAGGGUACCUGUCCAUUAAGGAGAGCUCUCAUAAAAUCACAGUGGAAAAGGUUUUGGAAGUCAUCAUGGAAGAACUGAAGUCCAUCAUUAAGAGAGACAUGACACGUAGAAUGGUUGAGAGCGUUGCUUUCAGGCUAUUUGAUGAAUGGUGGGACUGUCAGGAGAAGAAAGCAAAGGUUAAAAGGAAAGGUCAUUGUCUUGCUACACUGGAGGAGCCAAAAAAUGUGCUGUCCUCUACCCAUGAAAGUGAUCAGCUAACAAAUUCUGUGAAAUUAGGGGAUGAUAGAGCAAGACUUCAGCCAGAGGGAGGUGGCUCUUCAGCUCUAAAACGCAGGCAUGCAAGACCACUUGAGCUUGACAGUGAUGAUGAAGACGAAGAAGAGGACAAUAAAAGUAUUGAUACUGAAACUAUGUUAGACAAAGAGGAACCUGUGCUAGUUGAUGACGCUCCUAAAGUCCAGUGUAACAGAGGUGAGCUUGAUGAUGAGGAGGAAGAGGAGGCGGUGCAAAAGUACUCCAAGGGUAAAGACAUCAUCAUCUCCAAAGCUACUGAUGGAGUGCAACUCUCAGAUAGUGAGAUUCUUUCAGAGACGGGCUCCUCAGAGGAAAGUGAUUACUCAUCAGACUUUGAGUCCUCUGACUCUUACUCCACACAGAGCACUGGCAACUCAUCUUACUCUGACCUCAGCUCUGAGGAGGAUGAAGACAUGGAGGACAGCUGCAUAGAGAUACCACCAGAUGAGGAAUCAAUGGACUUAGAGCCCCCAGUCACCCCCUCAGCUCCUCUUACCCCCGGUGCUGAGCUGGAGCUGGGUCUGCAUGACUGGUCAGAGGGGCUUCAAAGGAGGGAACCACAAGAUGACCUGUACACAUGUAAACAUGACCCCAGUGAUCUGGAUGCUGUGAUGGACUUUGUAACCAGCGACCGCCAGGAUAGCCUCACGCCUCCAUCACCUAUAGGAAUUCCAGUGGUGGAGCCUAACUUUGAUGUGGAGGUAGAGAGCCCUGAAUGGAGGAUGGAGUCACUCGAUAACAUGGAAAGGCCCCUCACUCCUUCUGGCUACUUAAUAGACAGUGACCCUGAGCUGCCGAUAAGGCAUAAAACAACGCCCUCUGCUGUGGAGGUGGAGGAACGUCCACACACUCCAGGUCAGGGCAUAGUGGCUCAUGUUGAGACUGGGGACUGCAUGGAUGAACUCCUUUCUUUCUCUCCAGCAAGCAGUGAGGCUGCCCUGUCUCCCUCCGAGCUGCAGGUCUCCUACACAGUCAACGAGGACAUGCCCAAAACACCCGGUGCAGAGGAGAGAGGUAGAUGGACUCCAUACAGCUCUGGGAGAGCUCCAGCAACACCGGGCAGAGAGACAACUCUGUCAGAGGCAAGCACAGUGAGGAGUCCACCUCUCAGUAGCCCGCUCUCCUUUCAAUCCCUUCAAUCCAACAAUCUUUAUACUAGUACCCCACGAACUCCUGGAAGAACAACAGCCCACCAGAAGAGGGCACGAAUGAUGACCACCUCACAGGGAGGAAAUGUUUUCUUCCCUCUGCUGUGUGAUGAGUCUCUCACAGGCUCCCCCAUCGUAGUGUCCUCUCCCUGCAGACUCUCUGAGUCCUCAGCAGACACUCCUGAUGAGAAGGGUGUGUGGAUGAGUGCAGGUGUGAGGACCAAGCCAUUGCAGGGGUUGGAAAAUAUGCCGGGCCUCCUGCAUGAGGAGAGCAGGAGAGAGACAGAGAGGUUCUUACUUUUGAGAGAACAAAGGAGGUGGCAGAAGAUGAGGAGAAAGAGGAGGAAACUGCGACAACGGCAGCGACAGCGAUCACUAAAAAGAGUCACUGCUUCACUUUCUUCUCUCAAAGGUCCUUACAGGUGCCGUUCACUAUGUGAAGAGAUGAGAAUCCUCCACUCUGUUUGGAAGAAGGGCCUUGAUGAAGAAGAUGCAGGCCUGCUGCACAUUACAUAUGAGAGGCUGAAACAGCAAGAUAAUGCUUUUGGUUGGCUCAGUGACACCAUCUGGAUACAUCAUCCUUAUUCCUCACUGACCAGAGUGUCAGCAGAGAAGAGCGAGGAACACAGCUUCUGUCAGCAGAAACACAUGACUGGAUGUGCCCGCAGCGAGGGCUUCUACAAAAUCAGCAGGAAAGAUAAACUGAAAUAUCUGAACACCACAUGGCUGCCCACAGACACCUCAACUGCAAGCACUCAGGGGAUAUGCAUCCCAGCCCGGCCGCCGGCCCCUCUGCGCGCUGGGUCAGAUUUCAGGUCUGAACAACGCCGCCUGCUGUCCUCAUUCAGCUGUGAUAGCGACCUGGUCAAAUUCAACCAGCUCAAAUUCCGCAAAAAGAGGAUCCGUUUCUGCCGCAGCCACAUCCACGAGUGGGGCCUGUUCGCCAUGGAGCCUAUAGCAGCAGAUGAGAUGGUGAUUGAGUAUGUGGGUCAGACCAUCAGACAGGUCAUUGCCGACAUGCGGGAGAAGCGUUAUGAGGAUGAAGGCAUUGGAAGUAGCUAUAUGUUCCGGAUUGCUCAGGAUGCCAUCAUUGAUGCCACUAAGUGUGGGAACUUAGCCAGGUUUAUCAACCACAGCUGCAAUCCAAACUGCUAUGCAAAGAUCAUCACUGUGGAAUCUCAGAAGAAGAUAGUGAUCUACUCCCGGCAGCCAAUCAGCAUCAAUGAGGAGAUAACAUACGACUACAAGUUUCCCCUUGAAGAUGAGAAGAUUCCUUGUCUGUGUGGAGCAGGCAGCUGCCGGGGCUCUCUGAACUGAUCCCUGCUGUGGUGCAUUAUCUCCACGCCUUUACCAUAAAUUUGACAGCUACUUGAUGUACUGUAACACAAAAACAGACAUUUGAAAUGUGGCUUGAAGAGCAAUUUGUGUUCUGAGUGCAGCGCUCUGCACAAGUUAAACCUUUAACGAACCAGAGAUGGGACCAAGCACCUGGAACUUUAUUUUGGUAGUUACAGUAAAUCUGUUGACCUUGACAAAGUUUAAUGUCCAAAUGAAUACAUACAUAUAUAGUAAAAUGUUUUCAUUUAUGAGAGCUUAAAUGAUGUUUUGCUUGCAUCAAGCUUUUUAUUAUAUCAGCUGUCUUGUUUUCUUGGGGGAAAUGAAAUUGUUUAUUGUAUUGAUGCAUUAUGAAGAUGCCCCCACUUGAUGACUGAAAUUUACCAAAGUUGCUCUUACAUAUACACACAAGAAAUAU